AUGUCCAACAUCCAAGACCAGAAGAAGGAGAAGAAGGAGAGAAAGGAGAAGAAGGAGAAGAAGCACUCCCGCAAGAAGAGAACCCCACUCUCCACCACCCCCUCCCCCAACCGCGUAACCAAACUCCGCGGCAAACCCACCAACUCCCCCUCCCCUCUCGAGAAGAAAAUCCUCAAAGGCUCCACUUUCCCCUAUGGAAUCGACCCCUUACACGCUCUAAUCCCCCCGUCCAAAGAACCAACCCACUGGAUCCAAACUCGUGAUCUCUACGCCACUUACCCCGAACUCCUCCCAUCAAAAUCCACCUCAAAUUCAACAUCCCCCUCACCACCAGAUGUUGAAUUCUACAAUAACCUCCCAAAUUCCCCCCCAGGAGAAGUUUCCAGCGGAGUGGAUGUUAAUCUUUCGAGCAUGGAGGGACGGGAAUUUUGGGGGUUGAUGGAGGGGGCUUGGGGGAAGUUUUUGAGAGGGGAGACGGGGAGGGGGCGUUGGGAGGUUGGAGGAGAGGGGAAGGGUGCGGUGGGGAGUUUGUUGUGGGAUGAGAGGGAAUUGGAGGAGGCCGAGAGGGAAUUGGAGGAGGCUGAGAGGGAGGUGGUUGAGGAGGUUAAGAGGGAGUUGGGGUAUGGGGAUGAGGAGUUGGGUGGAUGA